UUGUGUCCCAGGCUGAAUAGAGGAUUUGUUAAAAACCAAGUGAAAGACAAAUAAUGCACAGAGGAAUCAACUUGCACAGGAUGAUGGCGGAAUAUUUCUUUUUUUUAUACCUUUCCUGUUUAAUUGAAUGUAUGUGUGCAUGCAUGUAAAUAAUACAUAUUGUGUGUUGUGUGAAACCAGCUGCAUGCAAACUUAUUUUGUAUAAAAUUGUCUCUGUAUUACGCAAAAUGUGUGCUUCUGUAUGUAUUCCAUUAAGAUUGCAAUAUCACACACUUUUAUAUGCAUGCCUUUGAAGUUUCACACUGAACCGCUGAACUUCCUCUAAAGCUUUGCUCUGUAGCAUGUGGGUCUGAUUAUUUCCUAGACGUGCUUUGUUCUUCUGAAGUUUUUUUCUGUUCCUUUGCUCAGAAUGAUGAAUUUCUACGAACUCCACAUCGUGCUUUCGUUUCUUCUUCUGCUUUCUAUCACCUUGUCCUCUGUUCUUGCUGGAAUGGACUCUUGUUAUGAUGAGCAGGGCAACCUGAACCGCUGCCUGCCUAAAUUCGAGAACACAGGCUUUAAUCGUUCCGUGAUUGUUUCAAACGUGUGUGGCAUCCCGCCCGAGGAUUACUGCAUGCAGACGGGCUCCACGCGAUCUUGUCACCAUUGUGACGCCUUCGACUCGAAACUGAACCACAAUGCCACUUACCUGACGGACUUCCACGCAGAUGAAGAGCACACCUGGUGGCAGAGCCAGUCUAUGUUUUAUGGAGUUCAGUAUCCUAAUUCAGUCAAUCUCACUCUGCAUCUUGGCAAGGCCUUCGAGAUCACAUAUGUCCGUUUGAAGUUCUACUCCAGCCGACCGGAGAGCUUUGCCAUUUACAAGCGUACAGAAGAGAAUGCACCAUGGCAACCGUACCAAUACUACAGCGCUUCCUGUCGCAAGACUUAUGAGAGGGACAACAAAGGCUUCAUACGACCAGGAGACAAUGAGAGGACGGCCCUCUGCACAGACGAGUUUAGUGACAUCUCUCCACUAGCUGGUGGAAAUGUGGCCUUCUCCACAUUGGAGGGACGACCCAGUGCCUACAACUUUGACCAGAGUCCUGUGUUACAGGACUGGGUGACAGCUACAGAUAUCCUCAUCUCUCUGGACAGACUGAACACUUUUGGAGACGAGUUCCUCAAAGAUGCCAAAGUGCUGCGCUCAUAUUUUUAUGCCAUAUCUGACUUCUCUGUGGGGGGCAGGUGCAAGUGUAACGGUCACGCCAGCGAGUGUGUAACCAAUGAGGAGGGACGUCUGAUGUGUGCUUGUGAGCACCACACCGCUGGGGUCGACUGUGAGCGUUGCGCACCAUUCUACCAGGACCGCCCGUGGGCACGGGCCACUGCUGAUUCAGCCCACCAAUGCGUGAAGUGUAACUGCAGCGGUCUUGCCGAUGAAUGCGUCUUUGAUGUGGAGCAGUACCGCAGCACUGGCAGUGGGGGGCGCUGUGUCGGCUGCAGGGGAAACACAGCUGGCCCUCACUGUGAGAGAUGCAUAGAGAACUUUUACAGAUCCUCACCACAACAGCCCUGCCAGAACUGCAUCUGUAAUGUUAUGGGUUCUGUGAGUUUGCAGUGUGAUUCAGAGGGAGUAUGUUUGUGCUGGCCAGGUGUGUCUGGUGUGAAAUGUGACAUAUGCAAGUCUGGUUUCCAUUCUCUGGGCCCUGGUGGAUGCAGGUUGUGUGAAUGUGAUGAAAGGGGCAGUGUGGGAGUGUGUUCAGCUGAAGAUGGACGCUGCCACUGCAAGACUAAUGUGGAAGGACAGUCAUGCAACAGGUGCAAACCAGACUCCUUCAACCUUCAGCUGGAGAACCCAGGGGGCUGUAAGAAAUGCUUUUGCUUUGGCCACUCCAUCGCCUGCUCUUCCUCCAAUCAGCACACGGCUGUCAAGAUUACUUCAGACUUUCUAGAAGAUAAAUUUCUGGGGAACAUGUUGCUAAGUUACGGGUGGACCCUUAGCAUGUCAUUUACGGCUGAGCUGGAAGAGCUCCUGCCCAGAAGUGUGACCGUGGUGUUGGAAGGGUCUGUAAUAUCUGUUGCUGCUGAUUUACACUCUCCACAGAAGCCUCGUCGCUCAUUGGACAAGACGGCCAUCAGCACCUUCACUCUCAGGUUGACAGAGAGGGAUGUCCAGCCAUCUGUAUCCCAGUAUGAGUUUCUCCAAAUGCUCUACAAUCUGACUGCUUUACAUAUCAGCAAUGCAGGGGGCCAAAAUUACACCUCUCAACUCUUCAUGGUAACCCUUGAAUCUGCAGUCCAGGUGAAUGAUGUGGUAGGACAUGGUCCACCUGCUCCAUGGGUGGAAAUGUGUUCAUGUCCCACAGGAUUCACAGGACAGUUCUGUGAGCUCUGUGCUCCUGGAUUCACUAGGGAGACCCCUAAUGGUGGACCCUUCUCCUCGUGUGUACCCUGCAACUGCAAUCAACAUGGGACCUGCCAUCCUGAAACAGGUGUAUGUGACUGCACAGAUUUCACCACUGGCCUUUAUUGUGAGCGUUGUCAGGAUGGUUACUAUGGCAACGUUUGGAAUGGCAUCCCGGGCGCUUGCUCACCUUGUCCUUGUCCAGAUCGUACCACCUGCUCCCAGGUGCCAGACACAGGGGACGUGGUUUGUACUAACUGCCCAACGGGCCAGAGAGGUGUUCGGUGUGAACUGUGUGAGGAUGGUUUCUAUGGGAAUCCUCUGGGCUGGGGCGGUGAAGUUCGGCCGUGUGUGAGGUGUGAGUGUAACGGGAACGUGGAUCCCAACGCAGUGGGUGUGUGUGAUCAUAUGACCGGACGCUGUCUGAAGUGUGUGAGACAUACAACUGGAGACCAUUGUGAAAAAUGCAGAGCGGGUUACUAUGGAAACGCUUUGGAUGAUGAGCUCAGACCAGCGCAAAAGUGCAAACCUUGUGCCUGUAAUGUUGCUGGUACCUCAGGCCCUUUGAAUGACUGCCACCCAGACACAGGAAGUUGUGUUUGCCUGAGUCACGUGACAGGAAGGGACUGUGGACAGUGUGAGGUUGGGUACUUCAACUUGCAGCCAAGCUUGGGCUGUGAGAUGUGUAACUGCAAUCCUAUUGGCUCCUCCUCUUCAGCAUGCCGUCCAGUCACAGGCCAGUGCAUUUGUCGGACAGGUGUGGAAGGGAUGUCAUGUGACUCUUGUCGAGCUGGCUUCUUUGGUUUCUCUUCUAGAGGCUGCAGAGCCUGUAAUUGUGACCCCAUGGGCUCGACCUCCAUGCAGUGCCAUGACAACGGGACGUGUUCUUGUCGUCAGGGGUUUGUUGGUUAUAAGUGUGACAAGUGUGAAUGGAACUACUACCAGAACCGCCUGACCCACCAAUGUGAAGAGUGUCCAGUGUGCUACAGUCUAGUCAGAGAUCAGGCCAGUAAACUCAAAGCCAAACUGCAAGAGCUGGAGACACUUCUCGCCAGCUAUGACUGCAACAGAUACAGUCGCCAGCAUCACUGGCGCCAGCCACAUAGACACCAACAUAACAGCCUGGACAAUCACAUACAGAAAGAUCAGGAUGAAGACUUCCUGCCCAAUGCCCUGGAGGACCUUCUUGCUAUUCAAGAUGCUCGCAAGGUCUUUGUUAGGCAGUUCUCACAGCUGGAAACAUCUGCACAGACUUUACAGCUACAGCUGCGCAGCAUCACUGCGGCAUUGAACUGCAACCUCACAGAUGUCGUUGAAGAAUUCGAGAAAAACAAGACUUUGAACAGUGAAGAUGAAUGUCGGGAGCUUGUUGACACGUUAUCGGCUGCUCUGAAUAUGCAGGAGCAGCUUCAGAAGAUGACUAAUGACCUUAACAGCAUGGUCAUUCUGUCUGUCAUCCCAAAAGAGCCAAACAAAUGGAACGCCGCUGUGAAUGAAUCUAAAGUACUAGUUAAAAGUCAUACAGACAUGGCAGCACAUAUAGAACAGAUUGCAGAAGAUGCUUUCCAAAUGUCUAACAGAGCCUAUUCUCAACUCAUCGCUCUGCUAGAAGACAACUCAACAGAGUCUCACAUACAAGAUCUUAAAGUCAAGCUGGAGGAGAUGCAGCAGUUAAAGGAGAAUCUGACUCUAGAGGUUAAUGAGACUCGAGUGAAAAACCUGUCACUUCAGAAGCACAGCUCUAAGAUUGUCGCUCUUUUAAAGAACAUCAACACUUCCAUAUCAGAGCUGCGCAGAACCGAUGUCAAUUUCACCUUUACGACAGAGGACACCAAUAUAACAUUCAUCUCACAAACACUUAAUGAAACAAAUGUCGCAACAACCCAGGAUCCAAAACUCAUUCAGACUGAGGCCCUGAUGAACAUAACAGCAGAGUUGGACAUUACGGUUCAGUCCACAGAGCAUCUGGUUAACAAGACUACAGAGGAAAUUCAUCCUCUAGUGGAUAGUGCUGAAAAACACCUGAAAACUGUUCAAGAGCUCAAGCAGCUGACAAGUGUGGCUGAAAGAUUUAAGGUGUCAGCCAUCUCCUCUGUGGUGACAGGGAAAGAGAUUGAGGCGGAGAUCCUGUCUCUGCAAAAUGAUCUAGAAGACAUUGAGCGGGACUGGCCUCGACUUUCCACCCUCAACAAAGAGUUUCUAAAGAAAGAGAAGGUGCUUAAGGAGAAGAUCCUGGUGGACGUGAAGAAAAAAGUCAAGCAAGGAGAAAGAAUGAUCAAAACUGCUGUGGAGAACGCUAUGGCCGCUAACAGCACAGCUAAAAGCACUGAAGAGUCUGCAGAUGUAUUGGCUAAAGCUGCCAAAGCGUCCUUCACACAGGGAAAGCGGACAAAACAGGCAUCUGCACAGUUGAGCUCAGUGCUGGAUGUGACAUUGGAGCAGCUGACCGAGCUGGAAGGCCAAGCUGCAGAGAAGCAGGAAGUCAUGCUGGUCGAGGAGGACAUGCUUUCCUCAGAGAGUGUCAUGAGCAAUAUGGAGACGGCAAGAAGUCAGCUGGAGUCAUUUACAGAAAUUUUAUCCGAGCUCCUUAAAAACCUGGACGAAAAAUUUGCACUACAGAACUUUGACCACAUCUUAAAUGCAACAGCAGCCCGUCUUCAUGUUCUCAAAGCUGCUGUGGAGAGCCCGGCACUCACAGGAAAGAUCCAGGAACUUCACAGUGCUGCGCACAGUCAAGAGAAACAGCUGCAAAGUCUUGAAGAAAACCUGCAGGAGAUUCGAGAAGAAAGAAACAGUCUGGCCGACAUCGCCCAGAACUUGCCCAAAUGCCCUCGAAGCGGGAAUUGAGCUCAUGAGAGGACAGAUAGGAAGCCAAAGUAGAGACUAUUUAUUUCUAUGAAGAAUCUCUCAGAUAUUGAGUCUUUCAGAAAGACAUUGACAUGAUUUAAGGGAAAGAGUCAGUAAUCCCCAUUUGAUGUCCUCAUUUAACUCUGUCUGGUCUGUAAUGGUUGCAAAUUGAAAAUAUAAGUGACAUUAAAUUGUCAAUAAUUUACUUAAUAACUGUUCAAUUGAUGUUAAGAUUGAGUGGGUUAAUACUGAUUUAUUUUUCACCCUUGGAUUCACUGUAGCACACUGUAGCAUAAUGUCCGUGUUUCUAGAUAACCAAAAGUAUUCUUGAAUACUGAUGAUCUGCAGUUUUUGGGGAAUAAUAUUUUGAGGCGUGCUUGUGCAGUAUUUUUACAGAGCUUCAGCAACUAAUGGGAGAAAAAUAUAGUCCCCCUUUUAGCCACGUGGGGGUGCAGUUUACACAAAUGAAUCUUGCUUGUGCACAAUAUCCUUAAACUGAAUAUUUGGUUUAUAUCCGUAAAUCAAGACCAAAUAAACAAUGUGUUAUCAUUUUAUUAAUUUUGUUAAAGUUGAUCAUACAUCGUUUGCAUUAGCACGUGUUUACAUGUGUGCCUUUUGACGUACAAUAGCCUAUUUAGUAUCUCAUAUUAAAUAUUUAUUGUGUGCUUAUUAUCCAUCUGUUCAUUAAAGCAUGUUGUGUUAGCUGC